GCCUCAUCUUUUUAAGUGCCACUGAUCAGAGGGAUAGAGAGAGAGAGAGAGAAAUAUAAAAAGAGGGAGCUUUUGUGUUCUUGUGGGUAUGUCUCCCUAGGAUUCAGGUCCUGUCUGAAGGGUGAAGCUUUUUGGUUUCCAUUACAGAGACAAAGCAUAACAAAAAAAAGGGGUUUCUUGUUCUGUUGUUUAUGUGUUCUGUUGUGUUUUCUAAUCGAGUUUUAAGGUAAAAAGGUUGAGACUUUUCGAGUGGGGUUUGUUGUUCUUAGUUUUAAUGGGAACAAGAGCGGAACGUAAUAAGGAAGAUUUUGUUGGUGGGUUUGGUUUUGGAGUUGUAGAGCACUCUCAUAAAGACGUUAUGUUACCGUCUCAUCAUUAUCAUUCAUAUUCAUCGCCGGCCUCUGCUUCCUUCUGUUACUGUUCCAAUGGUGUUGCCGAUCCAAUCUUCUCUGCUUCAAACACUUCUACUCUUGGUGAAAUGUUCUCUCUAGGGGGUUCUAACUCCACUGCUGGUGUUUCAGUUGCUGACCCUUUCUUCACCUUGACCUCCUCAGGGGAGAUGGGAAGAAGCAUGAGUGGAAAGGAAGGUGCAGCUUUCAGUGAAGCUCAAUGGCAAGAGCUUGAGAGACAGAGGAAUAUAUUCAAGUACAUGAUGGCUUCUCUUCCUGUUCCUUCUGAGCUUCUCUCACCCUUCUCCAGGAACCACACCAACAAUCAUGAUGUGACAGUGGCGAGAGGAGGUUCACUGAAGCUGGGGAUUGCUUCAAACGCAAGCAACAACACGGCUGAUAUGGAGCCAUGGAGGUGCAAGAGAACAGACGGGAAGAAAUGGAGAUGCUCUAGGAACGUGGUCCCUGAUCAGAAAUACUGUGAGAGGCACGCUCACAAGAGCCGUCCUCGUUCAAGAAAGCAUGUGGAAACACCAUCUCAUUCUCACCACAAUGAUGCUCGCACCACUAAGAACGUUGCUAGCCAGUUCGCUACAGCUUAUCCUCAGUUCUACGGACCUCCCUUAAGCCAGUUCUCUGCGGUUUCUACUCUUCCGCCAGCUUCCUCUUCUUAUGAUCAUCACCAUAGUGGAUUGAGGUGGCUUAUGAAAGAAGGCGACUCCAUAGCAACAUUAAACCCGGAGAUUCAUGAAGCUGCUCAGCUGAAGGUUGGAUCAAGCAGGGAGCUCAAACGUGGAUUUGAAUAUGAUCUUAAUUACAUACAGAAUGAUCCAUUAGUAGACCAGAGAUUUGGAGCAUUGGAGGGUCUAUUGAGUCCAAACCGCCAAGAGACGAGGCGGUUUUUGGUAGAAGGGGAGCAAGAUGAGGCGAUGGGAAGCUCACUGACACUAUCAAUGGCUGGAGGAGGAGGCAUGGAGGAAGGUGAGGGAAGAAGCCAGCAUCAGUGGAUUAGCCAUGAAGGACCGUCGUGGCUAUGUUCAACAACACCAGGUGGACCAUUGGCUGAAGCACUUUGUCUUGGCGUCUCCAACAACCCUAGUACUAGUACUACUACUACUAGUAGCUGCAGCAGAAGCUCAAGCUAAACCAAAACGACUUGAGUUAGUGUCGUUUUACGAGUCUAGAAUCGGUUUAGUGAUUAGAAAUCAAAACUAUGUUUCAGAUUUAAGUAUCUUUCUCAGUGAUUUGUUUGAAAAACUGAGAUCACCUUUUGGAUCUUGUUCCUUUUUUUUUGGCUGUUGGAUUUUACUAUUAUGUGAUGUGUAACAUCGGUUUGCUUAAACCACUGGAAAAUCGGUUCAACCUCUUGUUCUUA